AUCUGCCAUUUUGUUUUAGCUGCACCGUUCAAGGGUAUUUGUAUACGAGACUUGGCUAGCCAACUAACAAGCAUGUAUCGUUUCGCUAAAGCUGCUUUGAACAUCACUGGUCGAAGUGCCCGUCAGGUGGCAGUACGACAUGGGUCUUCAGAUGCAUCCAACGAUUUUCAUGCGAAAUACGGCACGCCUUUGCUGAUUGCUGGAGCAACAUUUUGCGUUGCAGUCUGGGGCUAUGUGGGCACAUCAACUGGUAUUACAUGGAAUCUGUCUCCUGUUGGCAAGGUCCAGCCCAAAGAGUGGAAGGACUAAUGGACAUGCCACCUUCAGGUUUCCCUCGUGAAAAUGGAGAAAAGGAUGUCCUUAAACAUUCUGAACUCUACAGCCUUUCUCUACACUUAAUCAUUAUUAUUUGCAUGGCAUGCCUGUACAAAUUAUUAAAUUAAAUGUAAAUACAAUGA